GUCCAGCCCAGAGAGGAGAGAGGAUGUGCAUAAGCAGGAGAGAGCUUGUCGCUCACGCACAGGAGCAUUAAAGCCACAGCCCAGGCAGGCAAAAAGGAAGAGAGAAGGAGAGGAGCUGUAAUAGAGCGCCUGGAGCACAUGCAAGGCACAGAACAGCAUCCAAGAAGACCUGCCAAGUGGGAUGCAAAGAGGAGAGAAAUAAAAGGGAUAGGAAGGCCAGCUUGGUAGGUAGGAGAAGAGAGCCAACUAUCAGCCCUCCAGAAGAAAGGUAGCACCUUGGCUACUAUGACAGGCAAAAACUGAAGCAGAGUGAUCAGUUUUAUUUUCCUCAGGUUUUCUUUCCUUGUUGACCACCACAUAUCUUGAAAAAUAUGCCUGAACAAAGCAAUGAUUACAGGGUAGUGGUAUUUGGAGCAGGAGGAGUUGGCAAAAGUUCACUGGUCCUGAGGUUUGUUAAAGGAACUUUCAGGGACAGUUACAUCCCUACAAUUGAAGACACCUACAGGCAGGUGAUCAGCUGUGAUAAGAGCAUAUGUACUUUGCAGAUUACUGACACAACAGGCAGCCAUCAAUUUCCUGCCAUGCAGCGUUUAUCUAUUUCCAAAGGACAUGCAUUCAUUUUGGUCUAUUCUGUCACAAGCCGACAGUCCUUGGAGGAACUCAAACCUAUCUACGAACAGAUAUGUCAGAUCAAAGGGGAUAUAGACAGCAUUCCUAUCAUGCUGGUGGGAAACAAGAAUGAUGAGGACCACAACCGAGAGGUGCAGACCAGUGAUGGUGAAGCCAUGGCCAAAAAGUGGAAGUGUGCCUUUAUGGAGACCUCUGCCAAGACAAACCACAAUGUGAAGGAGUUGUUCCAGGAGCUGCUGAAUUUGGAGAAACGUCGGACUGUGAGUUUACAGAUUGAUGGCAAAAAAAGUAAGCAGCAGAAAAGAAAAGAGAAGCUGAAGGGCAAGUGUAUUGUCAUGUGAAAGCAGCAACCUUGGAGAAUCAUCAAGACUCAUUCUCCUGAGUGGACAGGUUUCAUGCCUAUAUACACCAAGGGGAAAGUAUGUGAGACUACUUUAUUAAUAACUGUUUUGAAAGAAAUAUAGUACAAUCUAACAACAUGGAGUAAAUGUACUAAGGCCCUUUCAAAAUGUCAUCCUUUUAUAAAUUAGCCAUUCAUGACAAGAAUAGUUCCAAAGAACCAACAAUACCUAAUUUUAAUGUUAUAAAAAAUAAAACAUCCAUAAUUAAUAGCUCCCAUCAGGAUCAUUACCAUCAUGUAAGGAACAACAGUUAGUCCUUUAAAGAUUUAUGCUUGUGCUAUGUGUAUAAUUAUGGAAAUGCUUUAGACCUCAGUCACAUGUAGCACAUGCCCAGAUCAGGGGCAAAAGUGUGUGUGAUAAGGUCUUAGGACUCUGGAUACACAGAGAGAGGAAAAUUUCUUUUUGACCAAAAAGGUGAAAAGAGCAGGCCAAAUUCCACCAAUACUUAACAUGUUAUCAGUUUGUUUUGAUUUCUCUCUUAUAAUACUCAUGACAGUCUGUUACAUAAUGGGUUUAUAGUUUAUAUGGAUAUCUGCAAAAUUACUGUUAGGAAUUGUAAAACAACAUAAUUUCAUUUUUAACCCCAGAGACUCAUAGGCUAGUUGAAAUGCAGUGACUCUACCCUGUACUCCAGCAGAAUGUCAUGAGAAAUUGGCAUAAGUGCCAACAGAAAGGGAUGUCCAAAAGCAGACAGCUCUCUUGGCACAGACUCCCAAAAAGGAUGGGAACAGGAUAUGUUUUGAAUCUGUUGACUUUUGACAUGGACACCAUACUUCUAAAGUCCAUUAUUUUCCCUGUUAUAGCUGCAGCACAAACAGGACACUAUGAAGGUUAGCACACUCUUUUUAAAGCACCUUAUCCCUGAUGGGAUAGUGUGUUUAAAUUUACAAAUGGGUUUUAUCAUAUUCACCUGUGGCCAGGAGAAUGCAGCCUAUAUACAGCCUGGAUGCCACCAAAUGCAGUCCAUAUAUAUCCUGGAUGCCAGCCAGGCUUAUUCUGUGGCUUUUCAAAAACAGGCUUUUGCCAUUCUUGGAAAGCUGCAGAAUAAGCCCAGCUAGCAUCCGGGCUGUAUGCAGGCUGCAUUAGCCUGGCCAUGGUAAAUACGAUAAAACCCACUUGUAAAUUUAAACACACCUCUAUCCCAUCAGGGAUAAGGUGCUUUAAAAAGAGUGUGCUAAUCUCCUAGGCCAGCUGGUGUAGAUAAUACCCAUGUCGAGAUGUCGAGUGAGAGAAAGGAAGAGACACCAUCUCCACUCACCCUGGAAAAGAAAUUGAUAUGGUGGUGAUGGUGCUGUAAGCAGUGGUAGCUGGUCGCUUCCAUUUUAGCAGGGCAGUGAAUCCAGGUUUUACUCCAAGCAGCUGACCCAGUCCCAAAAGUAGAUCAGAACCUUUGAAUUUCCUUUAAAUUUCAGGCUAAAACCUGGAGUUGAUUCAUCAGUCCAAAUACAUGGGAGCCACCAGCCAUCACUGGCCAUAGCUGAUCAAUAAUCCUAACUCUGUCAGGAUUAUUUUGCCAUUUAAAUUUACUCUUUCCCUGGAUCUCUCCCACCCAGACAAAAACAUGUGACACAAACAUUCUAAACAACUUCUUCAUAUAUGUUUUUUACCAUGAAGGGGUAAAAUAGGAUGGGCUUGUGUGACUUCAGGGCAGGCAGUCUAUUGGCAUAGAGUGGCCUGCACAUCUUCAAUGGACUUGUGAAAUCUUUGUGCAAUAAAGCACACUUAAAUUCCAGUACAUAAAUCACAAUAGAUUUUUGU